CGCGCCCAGGCGCGCCACCAGCCGCCUGUUCGACCUCCCUUCAAGGCUGGCGAGCCCUCCACGAGGUCGCACACGCGCUUGCGGGCCGCCCCUCGUCCUUCAUCAGCGAGAUGAACCUCGAGCUCCUCAACCCGUUCACCACCUCGUUCCCCGAGAACUUCGAUACUUCGAUCGACGCGGCCGCCGUCUGCGCGAGGUUCAACCCGAGCGGGCUCUUUGCCGGCCACUACCUCGCUGUGGGCAGGCAGGACGGGCCUGUCGUCGUGCUCGACUUUGAGACGCGCAGCAUCGUGCGCUGGUUCGACGGGCACGUCAAGGCCGUCACCUCGGUCUGCUGGUCGAGCGACUCGCGGUUCCUCCUCACGGCCUCGCGCGACUGGAACGCCAUCAUCUGGGACCUGUCGGCGUCAGCAGCCGACACAGUCGCCGGCGAGCGACGACAUACCGUCCGCUUCGACGCACCCGUCACGAGCGCAGCCCUGCAUCCUCGGAACAGCAAGAUGCUCGUCGCGACGCUACAUGGCCAGACGCAGCCGCUAUUCAUCGACCUGCGAGAAGAGGGCGGCGGGCGCUGGGAGCUCGAGCCGCCGGCAGACGACGAGGAGGAGGACGACGAGGACGACGAGGAGGGCUCGACGAUCAUCCGGGAGGUCUCGACGCUCGCGCGCUUCAACCCUCGAGGCGACCUCAUCUACGUCGGGACCUCGCGCGGCAACAUCCACAUCUGGGACGUCGUCACCAAGCAGUUCCUCUGGACCGAGUACCUCGGCGCCGCCAGUCCCGUCAAGCACCUCGAGUUCAACCGCGCCGGCACCGCCAUGAUCCUCAAUUCGAACGACCGCUGCAUCCGCUACGUCACGCUGUCGGCGUCGCCUCCUGAACCGCCCUCGGACGACGACGAGGCGGCCGUGUUCGAGCCGCCGCCCGAGCGGCACUCGCGCAUCCCGUACUUCGAGGUGCAGCACAAGUUCCAGGACCUCGUGAACCGCACGCCCUGGAACGGUUGCGGCUUCUCGAGCGACGGCGAGUACAUCAUCGGCGGUGCUGGGCACAAGGGCGCGCACAACAUCUACAUCUGGGACCGCGUCACGGGCGCGCUCGCCAAGAUCCUCGAGGGCCCGAAAGACCCGUGCGAGGACCUGACUUGGCACCCUUUCCGGCCCCUGAUCGCCUCGGUGUCGACGCUCGGCCUGAUCCACCUGUGGGUCACGCCCGUCGUCGAGAACUGGAGCGCGUACGCUCCCGGCUUCGAGGAGCUCGACGAGAACCGCGAGUACGAGGAGAAGGAGGACGAUUUUGACUUUGAGGACGAGUCGGCCCUGCGCCGCCGCGCCCAGGGAACGUACGACGGCGCGCUCGACCUGACGUCGCACGCGACGAGCGGGCCCCGGGUCCAGGCGAGCGAGGCGGCGCCAUGGCCCGACGACGACCUCGACGCGCUCGACGCGUACGAGCACUUUGUCGCGCGCGAGCCGGACGACGACGGCGGCGAGGGUGGACAUGGCGAGGCGUUCUACCCGCAGCCGGUGCUCGUCGAGGAGCAGGCGGCGAACGCGGCCGAGGAGAGCGUCGAGGCGGCGAGAGGAGCGGGAGGGGGAGGAGGAGGAAGAGGAGAAGGCGGCAGGCGCAGGUAGCUCUCGCUCUGCAACGGCUUGACCGCUCUCGCAGGCGCUCAUCGUGCCUGUCCGAGAGUAGAUGCAGUGCAGUGCGAGAGGGAACAAAAAGUGCGAGUCUAUGCGCGCCGUCGAGUCUAUCCUCCCUCGUCGUCCGCCGUCCUCGAUAAAGCUACAAGGUGCCCUCGCUCG